AUGAACAGCAAUCAAUAUAAUUUAAAUUUUAUCACUUUAUAUCAAAUAAAGAAUGCAGAGAAUUCCAAAAGGGUGUAGAGAGAAAAACGAAAGAGAUACAGCUCUCGUAAAUUUGAUAGACUAACUAGUUUUGGUUUAUGUUGGAUAAGCAAUAGAAAAACCUGAAGACCAUAAGACAAAGAUACAAACGCGAGAAUUUUAUAAAAAUUUUUCCCUUAGAAAUAACGCAUUAACUAUCAGAAUUUCUGCAUAUAGUAAAACAAGAUUAGAAAAUCAUAUGCUUCUAUGUAUUUCAUGA